CGAACUUCACUUUUCCACGAUGGGCGGUAUCACGACAGUCGUGGCGCUAGUGAUUGCCAUCGUCGUGCACUCGGCGUACAAGGCGUACACGGCACCCCUGCGCACCAUCUCGCCUUACGAGCGCUUCUUCUCAGAAGACUACUACCAAGCCCGCCACUUGUUCCGAGAGGCCGCUCGAUCCGCCAACGCUAACCUGCAUGUGAUUCCGUACCCAGUGGAUGGUAUGUCCGACUUGAGCAUCGACGUCGCGAUCUUACGAGGGUCGCCGACAUCAUUGGUGGUUCAUCUGUCUGGCACGCAUGGCGUGGAGGGGUUUGCGGGUAGUGCCAUUCAAUCGGCGUACCUUUCCAACAAGACGACCCUCACGGCACGUCGUCAUGCCCAAGCGCCUACCCUUGUGUUUGUGCAUGCUGUCAACCCGUACGGGUUUGCCAAGCUACGACGGUACAACGAACACAAUGUGGACUUGAACCGAAACCACCUGACGCCGGCGGAAUUCGACGCCGUGCGCGCGCGCGACCCCAACCACGUCGGGUACGUGGACAUUGCGCCGAUUCUAAACCCCGUGGUGGCCGACGAUGUGUCAUUCUGGACGAAGUUGGCGGCACACGUCCUGCGCUACGGGUACGCCGCCGGCAAGCGCGCGGUCGUGGCGGGUACGUACCAUGACCCGCGCGGGUUGUUCUACGGUGGCUCAGAGCUCGAGCCGAGCCAUGUGCUGCUUGGCGACUUCUUCACCUCGUCGCAGCAUGGUCUAGCCUUGGAUGACGUCGAAAACGUCGUACUGAUCGACGUGCACACGGGACUGGGGUCUCGCGGCGACGACUCGCUCAUGUUCAACCACCCCACCGUCGGCCGCCGCAUCUUUCCUGGCCAAAACGUAGCCAACGCCGAAGAAGCGUUUUCCGGAUACGACAGUGUCGCAGGCUACGGGGUCGACGGGUACGCUGCGACGUGGUUCCCAAAGGACACACAUGUCCUCACCCUUACGCAAGAAUUCGGCACCGUCGACGGCAUCUCGGUGCUCCGCGCGCUGAGACUCGAGAACGCGCUCUUCCAGUACGAUCCCACCGCUCGCCUGGCCGCCGCGGCGCACGUGCGCGAUGUAUUUUACCUGCACGACGACCCCCACUGGAAAGCGAAAGUCGCCUCCCGCGGUGCCAGCGCUUUGCAUGCCGUCGUGGCCUACUUGACAGACUUGAAAGAACCGUUGAAUUGAGAGUAGUACUAUUUGGUUAAUCAAAUGAAUUGUCGUCGGCACAAA